CAUUUCUUAUUUGUUAAAACUAACAUUUUUGUUUUUGGAGACUUGCGGCGGCGGCGAAGAUGCAGAUAUUCGUGAAAACGCUAACGGGCAAGACCAUCACCCUCGAGGUGGAGAGCAGCGACACCAUCGACAAUGUCAAGGCUAAGAUCCAGGACAAAGAAGGAAUCCCUCCGGAUCAGCAGAGGUUGAUAUUCGCCGGAAAACAGCUUGAAGAUGGUCGUACCUUGGCUGACUAUAACAUCCAGAAAGAGUCGACUCUGCAUCUUGUUCUGAGGCUAAGGGGAGGUAUCAUUGAGCCUUCUUUGAUGGCUUUGGCCCGUAAGUAUAAUCAAGACAAGAUGAUCUGUCGCAAGUGUUACGCUCGUCUACACCCGAGGGCUGUGAACUGCAGGAAAAAGAAGUGUGGCCACAGCAACCAGUUGAGGCCGAAGAAGAAGAUCAAGUGAUCUGUUUUUUCACCAGAAGCUAAUUUAUCUAUGUUGUAUUUUUGUGUUUCCUCAUCUCUAGUGUUUUGACACAAACUCGUUGCAGUGGAUUUUUGUCCUAAAAGAUUAUUAGUAAUUCUGAAUUGUUUUUGGCGGUUUUAAUAA